UUCCCCUGUCAGUUCUGGGUUGGUGCGAACCAGGUCGUUGUUAUUUUCAUCGCUGUUGUUGACGCUCGAAAAGCAGUCAUCGGUGGAGUUGUUAAAAUCAGAAACAGAAAAUAAGUGCAACAUGGAGGUUAUUGAGACAGUUGUCACAGAACCUUUUGAGGUGGAGGAAUCAACAACUACGGUUUCGACUUUGGAGCCUGAAAAGUCCAAAACAGAGUUUGUCUGGACACUACAAGCAACAUGGCAUCUCGUUCAUGUUCGUCUAGACAUGGACCAAGAGUUUGACCAGCCUGUCUGCAAAAAGAAGAAGCUGUGGGAGACUGUGGCUGAGAGAGUCACUGCAAAGUUAAGGGAGGAUGGCUGCACAGAUGUUCCAGUCAAAGCCUUUGAGUGCGACCUGAAGUGGAGAAACAUGUUAGCCACAUACCGCAAAAAUGCUGAACGAGCCAAAAGACUGGGAAACCAUAGUGUACACUGGGAGUUCUUCAAGGAGAUGCAUGAGGUGCUGAGCAGGAGCUAUGAGGAAAUGGAUGCUCAGCGCAAAGCAAAGCUCAACGGCACAAAGCUAGGCAGGGCAAUAGCCAGUAAACGAUUUACCCCAAUACGGCCCACACCCACAGGAGCUACAGCUACACAGUUACUCAGCGCCAGGCCCCCUCAGGAUUUGCUGCAGUUGUACCUGGAGCUGCAGGAGAGGAAAUUGAACAUGUGGGCUCAGCAGAAAGCUCUGGAGGAGAGGAAGAUUGAGGCCAUCAAUAAUUUGGCACGUGCCAUUACUUGUAUGUCCCAGGACCUUGCCAUGCAAAUGCCUAAAGAGUGUGUUGUGCCAGACACCCCUUCAUCCCAACAAUAG